AUGACCCUCCGCGCCGCGCGGCACCUGGCCGGCCCCUGGCCGUGGCUGCUGCUGGCUGCCCUGCAGGCCCUGGGCCAGGCCGGCCUGGAGCUGGCCGCCGCCGUGGAGUCGGAGCGCUCGGCGCCCCGCGCCGUCAUCAAGGUGACUCUGCUGAAGCAGGAGCCCACCGGCAAGCCCAUCACCCUGGAGGGGGUGUUCGCCGGCAGCAGCGCCGGCUACGCCGAAGGGAAGCUCAUGCAGUCUCACCCGUUGUCCCUGUGUAACACCAGUGAGGAUGAGCGCCAGGAGACGUCCUUCAUCAGCAUCGUUAAGCUGGAGAGUCCCAAGAGCAAAGUGCCCCGGUGCCAGCCUCUGCUCAGCAAGGCUCGCCUGGCUCUGCAGAGGGGGGCUCAGGCUGUCAUUUUUGAUAUCACUGAUGAUGCCAGUGCUGCUCAUGAGCUGCGUGAUUCCAGCUCCCUCCCGCGGCCCGUGGUGCUGGUGAAAGCAGUGGAUGCUGAGGAGCUCAUGGGACUUGUUAAUAAGAAUGAGGAGGCCAUGGUUCAUAUUGACAUGAUAGAGCCCCACAAAUGGCCCCACUACGACGUGGGCAUUCUGUUGACGGUUGUGAUGGUCAUGCUGGCCAUCAUCACGAUCUUCACCUUCCGCUCCCGAUGCAGGUCCAACAGAACUUGGGACUCCGUGCACCAGCAGACCAUGCGGGCGAUCAGCCGGCUGGAGACACGCACGUACAGCUCCCAGGGCUGCCCAGGGGGCACGCAGCGGACGCGUGGGGGCCGGGCAUCCGCCUGCAGCUCCAACUCCAGCCCCGUCUGCGCCAUCUGCCUCGAGGAGUUCCUGGACGGACAGGACCUAAGGAUCAUCUCAUGCAUGCACGAGUUCCAUCGGGAAUGUGUGGACCCCUGGCUGCUCCAGCAUCGGACCUGCCCCCUCUGCAUGCACAACAUCAUGGGCGCUGAGCUGAAUGGCCGCCAGUCGCAGCGAGGCCGACUACAGCCUCCCCCGGAGCACAGUCAGGCCUUUCUGCACGCCCACCACUACUCUCCAUCUCACCCCUACUCCCAGCACUCUGUGCCCUUCCCCAUGCGGCCCCAUUACCCGCGCGGCCCGUCCGGGCCGUACCCCCAGCUGGGCCACUACAGCGGUUCCCCUCCCCUCCGCUGCCUGACCGGGAGGCCCCUGGGCGCAGCCUGCAGCUACCACCUCGCCCCGGACGGGCACCGCAGCCGGGCUCACCGGGUGUCCGGAGGCCACAGUUGCCGCGGCGCGGGGCACCCCUGCCCGGCUCCGCGCCACUCCUGCCACCGCUGCCCCGCCCCCAACGGCAGGGCCCCAGGCAGCCGGCCCCACCACGCCUCAAACCCCGCCUCCCACCACCACCACCACCACCCGGGCCGCGGGGGGGGCGGGGCCGCGCAGGGUCGGCAGGACGACGGCAGCUGCUCGGGGGGGAGUUAUCGCACGGAGCGCAGCGGCUACUUCCCCGACGGGCCUGCCAGCGACUCGAGCUCGGGCCCGUGUCACGGCUCGUCCAGCGACUCGGUGCUCAACUGCACGGACGUGAGCCUUCAGGGAGUCUACGGGAGCUGGUCCACGUUCCGCAGCUCGCUCAGCAGCGAGUUCGACCCGUUCGUGUACUGCGCUGCCGGCCACGACAGCCUGGAGGGUCCGGGCGCCACACCCAGGCCCCGCUCCUUGGACUCGGGCGUCAACCACAUGGGAGGCGGGGCCGUGGGCGGGGCUCUCUGCCCCGAGGAAGCGGUGCUGCAGCAGCCUGUGUUCAGCCACGUGCAUUUCCACAGACACAGACACCACUAUUACGAGGAGGCCGAGGCGGGCCACAGGCUUGGGCGGGCCUCUGACGAUGAGCAGGGGAGUGGCGGGGCGGGGAGCUUGGCCGGCGCAGCUACUGCUAACGAUUCCCCCGCGGGCAGGGCGAAGCACACCUCCUGCCACUGCCCCAAACUGGACCUCACGGACAGGCUGAGCCCCAAAGGGCCGGAGGAGCGGGAUCCGGACCCGCAGUCGGCCGCGGCCCCCUCCGCGCCGGCCUCCGGCUCGGCCUUGGCCUCCCCGUCGACGACAUGCUGCCGUCAGGGCCCCGGGUGGCCGCACCGGCAUAAGACGGUCGGCUGCGGCCAGGACGCGCCCUCGGGGCCCCCGCUGGCCGUGCACUUCCACCAGAGUGUGGACCUGCAGGACGAUUGUAGCAUCCACAUCCACUAUGGGCAGGGGACUGGGGGCUACUGCUGCCCGCCACCCCCGGACAUGGCCCCAACCCUGCUCCCCGUUCCCCUCAUCCUGGACUCGGGCGGCCUGGGCGACUGGCCCUGCUGUGGGGGGGUGCACAGGGGGUGGCAGAAGCGGGUGCAGCAGGCCUGUUCCGAGCCCCAGCUCCAGGGCCCGGGAAUCCCAUUGGACAGAAAGCUGUGCAGGGCCCACCACAGCCCUGGGCACGAGCUGCCCAUGGACAUCUGUCUUUACUGCCAAACUGUUCGCAAUAAUCAGGGAUCAGAAGAAGAGUCUGGUGUUUGAGAACUCUCCAUCCCCAAACCUCACGCUGCUAUACAGAGAGUACGAAUGAACAAUACGUGCUGGCUGUCCCUCUGAAUUUCUCUCUCUCUCUCUCUCUCUCUCUCUCUCUCUCUCUCUCUCUCUCUCUCCAUUUCUCUUUCACAGUCUUUUGAAUAAUUCCACAUCUCCAUUCAGGCCUCAUUUUGCAGAAUCCAUCAGUUCCCAAAGUUGUUUCUUCAAAGCCAGAAUUGUAAGCCUGUAAUUAUUCUGAAUUGGGCGGUUAGUGAAGUCUGUCUGAGCAAGAGAUUCUGACCACCAUCUCAAUUCCACUGGUCAUAAUUAAUAGCAAUGGUUCUCUCCAAAUACUCUAUAUUGGGUAUAAUAUGAAGAUUGGGCCCAGCAAAAUCUUAUCACCAAUAUCUUCUUUUCUGUGAUAUUUUAACAUAUGUUAGUCUGUGAACUGAAGAGGGUGUGAACCACAAAAGUGAUUUGUUAAGUGAUUUGUUUGCAUCAUUGUGUUUUGUUUUUCCCAUGCAAACUCUUCAACCUUCGUUCAAAACCCAAGUCCAAAAAUCCCUCAGUUACCUCCACGCAUCGCAGAUGCCACAGAUGUUCUUAGCUGAGGCAUUCCCAUACCCAUACCAUACUGUUGAGAGUCUUUUUGACCCCCACCCCCCCGCCCCAUUCUGGGAGUUUACCAGCACUGUAGUUUGUGUGAUGACACACUAGUUAUCUCUUCUGGUCAUAACAGUAUUUGAUGUUGGUGAUAAAGUGAAGAAGAAGAAUGCCUUUUGUUCUUAUGUGCAGCCAUUUGUGGUCAAACAGUGCUCCACACCCCCAUAUGACUUAAUAUCCUUGAAAUCAAAUUAGAACCAGCAGCUCAUGUGUUCCAAAAUGCCCUUAGAAAAUGCUUGACCCUGUUACUCUUGUGAUCUUAUCUGUGUGCCUGCCUGGCCCCAGCGUCCAUGGUCAUGAUGUCAUCCUAAGAAGUGAUGUAAUGCGUUGGGCUGUGUUCAGUGUUUAGAACUACGGCUCAUGGAUAAGUGUGGUCUCUCUCUCUCUAUCUGUGUCUCACUGUCUCUCUCUUUCGGCCUCUCACGCUCGGACUUCCUCUCCCUCUCUCGCCAGCCUUCGGCCUACCUCAGAUAACCAAUCAGAAAAGUCCUGUUUAUAAGAUGGUACUUCAAAGAUUCUUGCCUGGCAGCCUCUCUGUGGUGUACUGAUAAACGGUAACCCAGAAGAGAGAGGUUUAUAUAAUCUGUCCUCGCGGACUGUUCAGAGGUCCUCAAGGUUUAGGGUCUUGUGCUCGUUAAUUCGAGAAAGGCAGCUGUCGUUUGUGUCGUGGUUUGUUUUUUUUUGUUCGCAUCUUUUGUGUCGAAUUUGUUUUCUUGGUUCAUGCAAAGCAAACUGACUGAAAAUGUUGGAGCAUUAGGGAUAUGGCAGACAUUUGUGAAGCUGUUUCUGCUUUGGUCAUUUUUCCACAUUGGCUCCCAAUAUUUUUGUCAUGUGCUCAUGAUAAUCGAGCUGAGGAAGGACUACAUAUCCCAUAAGUACAUGCUUUCACCUCUGACCCUUUGCCUCAUUUAAUGAACCUUUCGAUUAUCCAUAAGGACGUGGUCAUGUCAGAAACAGUCGCCAGCGUACAAGCUUACUGGAGGUGUCUCUUGUCCAGAUUACUACUACAUGAUGCCUAUUGCAAGAUGUUUGUCUUCAUACACACCAUGUCCGUUCUUCAUGUUGAAAUGAGGAGAGGAAAGACGCGUCCAUAAACUAAUAACACAUACUUAUUGGCCUAAAUACUGUAUUCAGUAAUAUAUAUAUAAAACAGUGUGUUUUAUUUACAAGUUGGAAUAUCCCAACAACAUGUUGCGAUACCUAUCCAUGUUCAUAUGGGUAGCUAAACAGGGGGUGUUGUCUUUUGUGCUCAGAAUUUAAGAAACCCCAAAAAAGAACAAUAAAACACUUGAAAUUGACAAAAAUUUAAUCCUAAUUUGAAUAUCUUUCAAAAAGGGUGUUUUCAUUAUACAUGUGUGGUUCUAACUUGGCAUUCCAGCCUUACUUCAUGAAUUCAGGGUUUUACAUUCUAAGGUUGAAGUUUUUUGGUCCUUUAACAUUUUAUUUAUAGAACACCAGGGUUAAAAACUUUUUUUUUUUUUUUUUUUUUAAAGAUGGAAAAAUAAGGCCAUAUAAAGUUUAUUGGUGCCUUUUUAAAUUCACAAUUGUGUAGAAUCUAAGUUAAACCUUAACUGAAAACCUUCAGACACCCAGAGUAAACCACUAUUUAUCCUAACCUGUAAAUGUCUGCUGAGAACGCCAAGGCAGUGACUCAAAACAAAACAAAAUGCAAACGAAUGAUAAGGAAAACGAUUGAGGUUCGUGUGAUGUGAGUCGGUCGACUGUCUUAUGCACUCAUACUUUAGUUACCAUAGGCUUGCCUAAUAAGAGAUCUGCUUUGCACUUCUGUGUUGCUUUUUAUUUCAAUUGAUCUCUGCUGAUACUUUAUUUAGAGACUUUUGUCUUAAAAUGACAAUUACCCAAGCAGCACUUUGGUGUAGGACACAAACAUGUCAAAGAUGAUUUAAGAGUGGAACCUGAAGCCAAACAAGCUAAGCGUUAUGUAGCUACCGUUACCAGCAAACAUCUGGGAAAUCAAAAACUAUCACUGAACAGUAAAGGUGUUUUGGUUGUAUUUUGUUUAUUUUAUUUUAUUUUAAAAU